AUGUUGUUCCUUGUGGAGUAUUGUGAAUAUGGCGGUACGGUAAAGAAAUGUCAGGAAUGGCUCGAGAAGAAAUAUCCAGAUAUGUACGAGAGGUUAUGGUCUGAAGAUGCCCUCGCAGCUGCAACAUCCACACUAAGCGUCGACGCCCAAAAACGCGCCGCAAAAGACGCUACGAAAAAAGCCGCCAAAGCCGAAGCUCUCGAAGCCAAACAAAAUGAAACUCUCGCCUCAUCUAAAAUUCGCAUCAAGCGCGUCGAACGCAAUAAACGUAAAUACGUUACUGAAAUCCAAGGUCUAGAAGCCUUUGGAUUAGAAUUAAAGAAAGUAGCAAAGGAAUUUGGAAGUAAAUUUGCGACGGGGAGUAGUGUGACGAAGGUGGCGAGUGGGGGACAGGAAAUCACGGUUCAGGGGGAUGUGAGUGAGGAUGUGAGGGAGUUUUUGAUUAAGACUUAUAAGAAUAUUCCGAGGAAGAAUAUUGUGCUUGAGGAGCCGAAGAAAAAGAAGGCGGAGCCGGUGGAGGUUUAG